AUGUCCUCUGAAUACAACUACGAUGACCAAGGUCAAUUUUUCCCAUUCUUUAUGCUGACCAUGGCCGGCUUGGUCACCGUGCCUCUCACUUAUAACGUCCUCAAACCAUCUACAGAUCUCGAGCAGACCGCAUCCCGAGUGAAAUCAGACUUCAAACCCAAAAAUGUUGAUCUUAUCGACAUGCAGAGGAGAAGACGUAAGAGGCAGAAUCGCAAGACAAAAAGAAUCAUAGCGGUCGUUGCGGGAUAUACCUUCAUGGCUUACAUGAUAUACCUGAUCAUCGUCACUCAGAGAACGGUGCCCAAGAUGUGGGAUCCGUACGAUAUCUUGGGCGUGUCGAGGAGCGCAUCGGAGCGGGACAUCGACAAAUUCUACAAGAGGCUAUCGCUCAAAUUCCACCCUGACAAAGCCAAACCCGAUGCCUCCAAGAAUGAGACCAUGGACGAUGUGAACAAUCGAUGGGUAGAAAUGACAAAGGCCUACAAGGCAUUAACAGACGAAGAGAUCAGAAACAACUAUCUUCAAUAUGGCAACCCUGAUGGGAAGCAGUCCACGAGUAUUGGCAUUGCAUUGCCCAAGUGGAUGGUGGAGGAGGGUAAUCGCUGGUUUGUGGUGGCCUUCUACGGCAUCCUUCUUGGAAUCAUCCUGCCUUACACGCUAGGGAAGUGGUGGUACGGAACACAGGCGCUCACAAAAGAUAAAGUCCUCCAUGCCAGUGCUGGCGAUUUAUUCCGAGAGUGGAAAGAAGACUUAUCGGAAGGCGACGUUGUGGCAGCCACCAGUAUCGGCCAAGAAUUCAAAGAAAACCUGAAAGGUCCUCGAAGUGAUGCGGGAGCCGCAAAGGUGGAAAGCAGAGUCCUCAAUAGCUCCGCUCUCACCGAAACAGACAAGGAACGAUUGAAGUCCAUUGACGACCCUGUGCGGCGGAAGACGCUAGCCCUGCUCUGGGCAUACCUGGCUCGGAUCGACCUGGCGGACCAAGAACUUGAGAAAGAGAAAUUCGACGUCGCGCCUACAGCUCUCCUAAUGAACAAUUCUUUCACUUCAAUCACCCUACCGUUUGGCGUGGUGAAGCCACUCCUAGCAACCUACCACACUUCUCAGAAUAUCAUUCAAGCUGUUCCGCCAUCUGCAUCAGCCAUCCUCCAGCUCCCCAACUUCACUCCCGCAAUCGCCGAGAGGAUCGCGAAAUCGUCCAAGACACCAAUGACAUUCCAGAAGUUCAUGUCCCUGCCGCCUGUAGCGCGAAGACAAUUGUGCUCGGACCUCUCGGACGAGCAGUAUAAGCAAGCAAUGGCGGUCGCUGCUCAAAUCCCCCACCUUGUCAUCGCAAAAGCGUUCUUCAAAGUGGUCGGCGAACGAGUUGUCACGCCCGGCUCACUCGUGCAACUUGUCAUCAAAGCCCGCGUUAUCCCUCCCGGUACACCAGCAAAGGAUAUCCCACCAAUUAACCCCAUGGAUCUUGAGGACAUUGACCCGGAUGAAGGGGAUGUAGACGCCUUGCGCGGUCGGAAACCAGCGAAGUCGAAGAGGAGGAAACUUCCAGAUGGCUCGUACGUUGAAGAUGAUGCCAAAGAAGGGAGUGUACAACCACCUUUGGCACAUGCGCCCUAUUUCGCAGCGGAUCAUGCUCCCAGAUGGCAUGUCUUCCUCGCAGAAGCACGUACCGGUCGCAUAUCUGUACCCCCCUUCACAUUUACCAGUUUCGAUCGACCCAUCUUCCAUUCAGACAGUGGCAAACCAACUUUUAACGUCGUCACGCUGAAGUUUUCAUUCCAGGCACCACCACAGGUCCAUGCCUUUCCGUUUGUCAUGCACUUAGUGUGUGAUAGUUAUAUAGGUUUAGACGAGAAGGUAGACGUGGUAUUAGAUGUGAGAGACGUCAAGGAAGCCGAGGUGGUGGAGAGUGAUGAGGAUAUCAGUGAGCCUGAAGAAGAUUCUCUGGCGGGCCAACUCCAAGCCAUGAAAUCUGGCGGCCUGACGGGCUCCCCUGUGAAAUCAAAGAAGAAAAAGAAGACGCUGGCGACGACGGCCGAUGCGAAAGCGGUCCCCGUGGCCCAGACACAGGGCAAUGAGAUUGAAGAGGCAAGCGAUGACGACGACAGCGACACCGAGGGCGACGAUGAUAGUGACUCCUCCGAGACCGACACCGAGACAGAGGACGAGGAUUCAUGA